CACCACACAGUCUGCUCACCCAACAGCUGUCAUUGUGGGAGGCAAUGCCGCCAUCAUCAUGAUUCAGGGCAUCUUUUAUGCGCGGUUCUUGCCGCUCGAAGGCCCCAUCAUCGUCGCCCAGUCCCCUUCUGGCAGCAUUGUGCCGACGCCGACGACCAUUGCCGCCAAGCCGCCUCUCAUCGACUUUGACGUCCUCCAGGAGUACAUCAUCCCCCGCAAGGCCUUCUUCAACCGAUUUCUCACGGUGCAAGAUCCAGAAGGUCGAUACUCCGUCCUGGGAUUCCCCGUGCUCAUUCCCGACGCCAAGUACCAGCGCAAUGAGUUCAUCUUCAACUUUGGCCUCGUGCUCGACGCCGACGCCGAGCAGGCGCCCUACGAACGCGUCGUGCGCCGCCUCGCCGUGACCUUUGCCGAGAUGGAGAAGCAGGACGAGUACCUCAGCCAGCAGGAGGCCGACCGCGACGGGCGCCACCCCGGCCACGGCCACAGCCAGAGCCAGAACCGGCGGCCGAUCGAGAGCCUCCUCGAGAUCAUCCGCGAGGACCUCAACAACUACGGCGAGUGCAUGAUCCCCGUCGACGACGCCAACACGAUCAACAUGAAGCUCUUCCCGCACCACCCGCCGCCGCCGCUCGUGCGCGGCUGGCACGUGCCCGUGCCCAAGACCAAGCUCGCCUCCAUCGUCGACCCGACCUGGGACCUGACGCUGCAAAAGGUCAUUGCCCACAUUGACGGCGUCUCGGACGUGCGCCGCAUCGCCUGGCAGGCCGACGUCUCGCUCGACCUCGCCACCCUCGCCCUGCGCCACCUCCUCUACUACGACGUCGUCCUGCUGCUCGACCUCUUCUUCUUCGGCUCCUGCUACGCGCCCCGCGCCCCGGGCAUCCACGACUUUGUCGCCGACGUCGACGGCAUGCUCGACGAGUGCGCCGCCUACGUCUCCGUCGGCGCCCAGCGCGUCGGCCGCUUCCAGCUCGUGCGCCUCAUGAUGAGCUUCUGUGUCGGGCGCUCCGUCAUGGAGUGGCUGCGCGGCCACCAGGAGGCUGGCUUUGACGUCCUGCGCCACGUCGACGUGCGCCGCUUCGUCCAGUUUGCCGUCAUCAAGGGUUGCCUGUAUCGCGUGCACAAGUACGUCGUCAGCAAGCAGUACCUGGCCGCGCUGGCGACGGGCCAGGCGACGCCUGGAGGUGGUGGUGGCGGCGGCGGCGGCGGGGCGUCGGAUCCGCUGCAAAAGUAUACCGAUGGCUGUCACUCGUUUGACCAGAUCAUCACGGAGCGGGACCUCGCGGACGGAGAGAUCAUGGACAAGCUCAAGAGGUUGCCGCUGCCGCAGGGGGAUCUGACUGUGUUUUACCGAUGA